AUGUCGACGCGAGGAAGUCUCCGAAAUCGUCGCGCGAGAUCUAACGUCGUCGAGGAAGAGAAGAAGACGCUGGAUUUGAAACGAACGCGAUCGAGAAGUCGAGGAGGACCACACUCGUCGAAGAAAAAGGAAGAGGCGGAGGAAACAGAGGAGGAAGAAUCGACGAAGAAAGAACGAGGAAAACAACAACCGCAAAAGUCGAUUUUGAAGACGAGGAAUAAAAACGCCUCGAGCGGUGGCGCGAAGAAGAAGAAGGAGGAGGAGGAAGAAGAUGAUGAAGAAGAAGACGACGAGGAAGAAGAGGAAGAGGAAGAAGAGAAAGAGAUCCCGCCGGUGGUGGUGAAAGAGAAGGACGAGGAGGAAGACGCGGAAAAGCAGUUACCGCUCGUCGUCGCGGCGACGCCGCAACAGCAAGCCGAGGGCGGCGCGGACGAGAUGGAGGAAGAAGAAGAAGAAGAAGAGGAAGAAGAACAAGGCUUGUUCGAAUGGCUCGCGAAGAAAGAAAAGUUGCCGGAGGAGAAAGCGAAUCGAUUAGCCGCGGAGUGGACGACGCGGUACCAAGAAGAUCAGGCGUCUGCGGCGGCGGAAAUGUAUACUUUGUUGACGAAAGCGAGCGGCUGCAAGGCGAAAAUUUACAAGCCAGAGUUGAUGAACUCGGAGUGCGCGAUUAUUAUGAAGAGAAUCGAGGAUGAAUUGAGACAAGGUAACGUGAACCCGGUCGAUCCAAUGGCGGGGAAAGGGAAAUUAUACAGGAACUUUAAGGACGAUUUGGGUUUGUUCAUGCGCGCGGUGGUGAGAGAAACGAUCGAUUCGAGAGACUUGUUUGACGAUACCAUGUUUGAAAUGUUUCGGGAGAUUUUUCAGACGUGUUCAAACUCAACCGCACGAGUGAUGAGAGUAGUCGCAACGGGGAUGGGGCUGAACGUUAUUUCCGGAUUGGUGAACGCGUGCUUGUCGCAAUCAAAGCAAGCGGCGUUAAAGCAAAGACAGUUGGAUAACGCGUUGGCGUCGAAACGAAAAGAAGCCAAGGUAGAGGCGGAGGCGAUUAAGAAAACCAUGGACCAGUGCUCGAAGAAUACCGAGGCCUGCGCGGGAAUGAUUAAAGAGAUGUUCAACGGUGUUUUUACGGGACGAUUUCGCGAUUACGACCCUCAAAUUCGCGCAGGUUGCAUGGCGGCUGUGUCGAACUGGAUGUUGGAGUACCCGUUCAUGUUUUUGACGGAUUUUUACUUGAAAUAUUUAGGGUGGUCCAUGAACGACAAAUCGUCACUGGUGCGAUUGGAGGUUUUGAAAGGUUUGCGACGUUUGUACGCAGACGGGACGAAGGCGUCGAUUAUGGAUGGCUUUACGAAUAGAUUUAGUGCGCGCAUUAAAGAGCUUUUAUUCGACGCUGAUCCUAUGGUGACGUGCGAAGCGAUUUUCGUCGUAUCGCAGUUGCGCGAGUACGAGACUUACGACGCAGAUACGAUGAACGAAGUGUUGCACUUGCUGACGGAAGAAAACGAAAGCGUUCGGGUUACUGCGGCGAAAGUGUUACCAAAAAUGUUACCGUCGUUGUUGGAGCAGUACAAUAAAACUCGCACGAGCGCUUACGGCAAAAAGAAGAAACCAGCGGCGAAGAAAAAAGCGAAAGCGGCGAAGAAGCCGAAAAGGAAAGCGAACAAAAAAAUACGAAACGAGGACGACGAGAACAGCACGGAAGACGAAGAAGAAGACGAGGGGGAGAAAAGAGGCAAUUUGUUUGGCGAUGACGAAGACAACGACGAGAUGGAAGACGAAGAUUUCGAUACGAGCUUGGGUGUCGGCGAACUCACGGCUUCCGAGACGCUGGAAAGCGUUUUGGAGUUGGUGAAAAUUUUGUCAAACACGACGCACGCGAAGCAUCUUGCAGUGGACGACGCUUUAGAAACGCACUCGAAAAUCAUCGACGCCGUUUGGGAUGAAAUGCCUCUGUUUCACUCGUUUGAAUUCUUGGCCAUGAAGUUGAGCGACGAAGAGUUUUGCAGCGACAUCGCGGACGCCGCCGCGCUCGCAAACUUGACGCUCCGAGCAGUGAAGAAAUCGCAAAUGGAAAAUAUCAUCGCCGAUGCGUUGGCGAAAUCGAAUGUACCGACGCCAGCAAAGAUGAGCAUGACCAAACGCGACAGAGAAACGUGCGAUCAAAGCAGAGAAAAAAUCACGCUCGCGUUCACCACGCAUCUCCCGACGUUGUUGGAGAAAUAUUCCGUCGAAGACGAAGUCUUGGCGCCGCUGUUGGAAAUCAUCCCUUACAUGAAGCUUGAACACUACCCGUUGCGACAACGAGACGGCGAGUAUCAAGCUUUGUUAGAAACCGUGAAGAACAUCUUAUUCAAACGCGUGGAUUCGAAGGUUUUAAAUAGUGCAGCGAAAGCGAUCGCAUUUUGCGCCAACGACGGCUACGAAGGCACGAGAAGCGGUGCGGUCAAAGUUUUCGAUUCCAUCGCCAAACAUCUCGGCGAGAAGCUUUCGCAGUUAGCAAAGAGCGCAAUUGUAAACAGAACUGUGAAUGUCGACGAAGACGAAGAUGAAGACGAUGAGUUCAUCGUCAGCGAAGAUAAUGGCGACGGUUUCAUUUUGAAAUGCGCGCUGUUGCGCGUCACGGCGCUUCUCAAGUACGCGAGAUUAUCUAAGCUCGAAGGCGAAGCGGUUUUUGAAGCGAUGGCGACACUUUUGGACGAAGUUUCACGCAACGUCCUCAGAGAUGGCGAAAAGAAACUUUCGAAAGAGGUUCGAGUCGGUCCAGUUUCCGCGGUGUUACUCGCAGAGGGGGUGAUGUACGAGAUGGUUUGGCGCGGGAUCGACUUGUCCGAAUCUGAAAGUGAGCGCGUGACGGAUGACGACAUCCUCUCUUUUCAAAACACGCGCGACAAAUCUUUGACGAGCUUGAUUCGUCUAGCUGAAAAUGUGGACAAACUCUUUGGGAAGUAUGGCGCAAAAGUCGUCGCCGAUACCAGACGUAACUGCACAGCUGCCGUUGCCGAUGCCGUCUUGUAUCUCAAGAUGGCUGGGAAGAUGUCCAUUUCGUUACCGCCGAACAUGAUGACGGCGGCGUGGCGUGCGGCGGAUAAAAUCAUGACGCCGGAAGACGAGAAUUUAGAUGCCGACGUCAACGCGGCGAAAAUUGGAUACCAGUUAGCUCUAGUAGACGCCAAGUGCGGCGAUCACUCGAGCGGAAGCAUAGCCGCGCCGGCGUUCAUUUCGAACUUUGCCAUCGGCGGGGACCACUUGGAUGCCGCCAUCAAAGGUUUUAUGACAGAGUUACGUCGCGAUAGUCAGAAAAACCUCGCAAGAACAAUCUUCAUGGCACUAGCGGAUGCUUACCAGGUGGUAUCAAACGCGAUGAAAGAUAAGGACGCAGACGAAGACAUCGCACAAAGAGCGAUUGACUUUUUGCGCGACCUCGCGACGCGCAUCGCGAGUAUCUUCUCCCCGUCCGUGCAAAGAGACCGCUUGGUCGUGCGUGUGAUGACUGCAGAUUGCGUGAACUACGCGUUAGUACCGUUGAAGCCUGAACGAUUUGCCUUUUUAGAAUACGCGGUGUCGGCGUUCAUUCCGAAAAUUUCACAAGUCGACGCGAAGAACGUCUUGGAGGCGUGCGAAAAGCAGUUAGAGCACGUCGACGAAUCCGACAAACGCUCGUUGAGCUUUAAAGAGUUCAUCGAAGUCGUACGUGUGCGAUCGCUGGGUAAAAGUGCGGCAAAAGUUGAACGAGAGAGAAAGGCUGCGGCUAGAAAAGCUGCCAAAGAAGAUGAAACGGAAACUUCGUUCGAGGAAGAGGACGAAAUCGAGACGGACUCGGAGCUCGCCGGCGCGACUCCCGGAUCGAACAAAACGCGCAAGACGAACGCGAAUUCCACGCCUGGCUCGGAGAAGAAACGAACCUUAGAAACGGAGAAAGACUUUGCAAAGAUCGUCGAAAACGAGGAGAGCAAAGAAGAAACGAUCACCACUACCGCGGAUGAAGGUGAAGCGGUAGACGCGGACAUGGAAGACGUCGUCCCGGUGCAAAAGCCUUCGCGUCGCGGUCGCAGAUAA